UAUUUUAAUAAAUUGACAAAAACCUGUCAAUUUCGCUGCUUUGGACGUCAAAACAUCAUCAAAAUGUUGCACAAGUUAAUUUUCGCGCUUGUUCUGCCGACUAUCGGCUGUAUAUGGCCACCCCAAUACAAGAUAGAGCUAAAGCACGAAGAAGAAUUCGUGAUAUCAGAGCUAUUACAAAAAUCUGACGUUGAAGACAUUUAUGACGAGGAAGAAAUGAUGAAAGAAGAGGAUUUAAAAACUUUUAAUUUGCACGAAAACGCUGGAAAAUAUUUCAGACUGCACAAGCAAACGAAAAAAAUAAAUGAGAAAGGAACAAAAGAUGUUAAAAGGAACGUUGAAUUGGAACAGAAGAAAAUACAAAGUUUUCCAGAGUUCAACCCAGUCGAAGGCGAAGAAAUGCCUUGGAUAGGAGGGAUGGUUGGUGAAGAUAAAGAAAUUAUCAAUGACGACCAAAUGGUUUACUUCGAUGACGAGGCCAAAUCGAACCAAACCAACAGCUUGAAACAUCCCAAACGAUCUUCCGAAAACGAUACAGCCAGUGACGAUUAUAACUACGAUAGUUUAAAGGCCGAAUACGAAGACAACGUACGAAAAGCAGAAAAUAAAAAAGAUACAGCGAAAUAUAAGGAAGUUAAAGAAGAAGAAUCGCCCAAAGAAGCUGCAGAAUCGUUGGUUGAGUUCCAGCCUAGGAAUUGUACAGAAGAAGAGAAAAAAGGGUUUGGUUUUGCUACUGUAAAAUGCUUUUGGAGAGAAGCUCGUCAUCGAAGCCUCAACAAGGACAAGAAAACUUAUAUAAUGAAAAAAUUACUGAUGAUAGCAAUGGUCUGGCUUAUUGUUUAUGUUAUUAUCGCUGUACCUCUAUGGUGUCAGUAUGGUUGGUGCUGUUGCUGCUGUCGAUGUAAAUUUUGUCAACCCAGAGACCAAAUAGAAGAAAUAAAAACAUUUUUUGAAAACAACCCCCCAGGAACUUACCAUGAUGAAAAAGGAAAUUUAGUUAAAUACAAACAGACAAAUUAUGAGGUAUAUGCCCAAAAAAAUCUAGAAAAAGCAAUUCUAAAGUUAUAAAAUGUUUCUAUAUAGUUUACAGACUGAUUUAGUAAAUAUUGUUUUGUAUAGAUUUUGAU